AUAACCACAUUCAUUGAUCUUCCUUAAAUAUAUCUACUUUGAAUCACGACCUUGCGUGGCUCAUUAUUGCAUGGCAUGGCCUCUUGCCAGGGAUUUUUCUCCACUCCCAAACGCUGCCAAUUUUCACUCAUUGUUUCUUCCCAUCCCAAGGAACCUAGCUUUUGCUUUUUGUUAUUAUAAAUACUUGAACUCCUUCUCCUCUUGUUCCAUACCUCCAUGCAUUUCAAAGUUGUUUUAACCUAGUGAGUGGGCAGCUCCUUGUUGGAGAAGCAGGGCACGUGCAAAUUCCUCCGGCCAUGGCCGUUUGCACGUGCUCCCCUUCUCCAACAUGGGCUCCUCACCCUUCUAUUUCUCUCCCUAUCUUCCAGGUUACAAGCUUCUCGUAGUGUAAGUAAUGCAGUUAAGUUCCAGACUGUUCUAUUUCACUGAAUUUUCCAACUUUUUAGCAGUUUUUAUUAUAUAUAUUAUCAUUCUUAAAAAUGUUAAAACAUUCGAGAAACGUUGUAGUGUUGGAAGGUCAAUUGCAGAAAUCGAUAAACUGUGGAGCUUCUGCUUCUGGGAGACAAGUUGUACUACGAUUUGGGAUUCAUAGACGGACGGCCAUGCAAAUGAGCGUAGGAAUGGUUGUGGGUUGCUGCUGCAUUCGCUGCCGCUAUAUACCGUAUUUGGAUCAAGCGACACUGGACGCUUUGCCUGCAAGUUCAGCAUGAUCUUUUUUUUUUUUUUUGAACAGCAGUUCGGCAUGAUGUUUCCUAUGUUAAGUAUAGAGAUUUCGUACCAACACCUGUUGGGAUGAGUGUAAAAAAUUCGAUAUCCCUUGAGUAAGAUAUUGAGUUUUAGUGUUAUAAAUGGAAAAAUAAAUGUUGAGAGAAUUU